AACAACUGAUUCUCUAGAGGAGAAAGUUGACGUAAAGUCGCGAUGGCCAGAACCAAGCAGACCGCCCGUAAAUCCACCGGAGGAAAAGCUCCCAGGAAGCAGCUGGCCACCAAGGCCGCCCGUAAGAGCGCCCCGGCCACCGGCGGAGUGAAGAAGCCCCACCGUUACAGGCCCGGUACCGUGGCUCUGAGAGAGAUCCGCCGCUACCAGAAGUCCACCGAGCUGCUGAUCCGCAAGCUGCCCUUCCAGCGCCUGGUGAGGGAGAUCGCUCAGGACUUCAAGACCGACCUGCGCUUCCAGAGCUCCGCUGUCAUGGCUCUGCAGGAGGCCAGCGAGGCUUACCUGGUUGGCCUGUUCGAGGACACCAACCUGUGCGCCAUCCACGCCAAGAGGGUCACCAUCAUGCCCAAAGACAUCCAGCUGGCCCGCCGCAUCCGCGGAGAGAGAGCUUAAACUCCCCCAGACCUGCUGAUACUCACAACGGCUCUUUUAAGAGCCACA